AUGCUCUGGGAAGAACUUAAUGACUAUGAUAUUCCUCAUCACACAUACAUUUGGAAGUGUGUGAUUGAGACAUGGGAGAAGUACAUAGCCACACUUAAAGGAGAGAUAGAGUCAUCCCUUGGCCAAAUCUCAAUAACAAUGGACCUAUCCACUGAUCUCAACCUCAUCAAUUUUAUGGCAGUUACAGCACACUGGAUGGAAGCGAUUGGGAUCAAUGCAGAUGGUCUGACAAUAAUAUGUCUCCACUCUGAUCUCAUUGGCUUCCAAAGAAUGAUGCAACUGUGGGAAGAUCUCAAGAUCAAAUUUCCUGAGACUGCACCAGCCAUUCAAGAUAGUCUUAAGAAACUGAAGACCUACCAAGACCAUACAGAGGUGGUACCAGCAUACACCUUAGCAACAAUUCUCAAUCCAAACACUAAGCUAUGUUGGUUCAACUGA